CUCCGGCUAACAGCUACUACCAUGGCGUCAACCGAGAUAGCAAGGCAAGCGGGUGAAGGUGCUCGUGCUGUCCCUCUGGCAGGCCAUGUCGGCUUUGACAGUAUGCCUGACCAGCUGGUCAACAAGUCUGUCAACCACGGAUUCUGCUUUAACAUCCUCUGUGUUGGCGAGACGGGUCUGGGGAAGUCCACCCUCAUGGACACGUUGUUCAACACCAAGUUUGAAGGCGAGCCCACUCAGCACAACCAGCCAGGAGUCACGCUCAAGUCCAACACCUACGAGCUCCAGGAGAGUAACGUGCGCCUCAAACUCACUGUCGUCAACACCGUGGGCUUUGGAGACCAGAUCAAUAAAGAGGACAGCUACAAGUCAAUCGUGGAGUUCAUCGAUGCCCAGUUUGAAGCAUAUCUACAAGAGGAGCUGAAAAUCAAGCGCACGCUACACAGCUACCACGACACCCGCAUCCACGCAUGCCUUUACUUUAUAGCUCCAACAGGACACUCGCUCAAAUCCCUGGACUUGGUGACCAUGAAGAAACUCGAUAGCAAGGUCAACAUUAUCCCAAUCGUUGCCAAGUCGGAUGCCAUCUCCAAGAGUGAGCUGGCCAAGUUCAAAAUCAAAAUCACCAGUGAGCUGGUCAGCAACGGAGUCCAGAUCUACCAGUUCCCCACUGAUGACGAGUCGGUGGCAGAGAUCAACUCCACUAUGAACAGCCAUUUGCCAUUUGCCGUGGUGGGGAGCACAGAGGAAGUAAAGAUUGGGAACAAGAUGGUGAAGGCCCGGCAGUACCCCUGGGGAACGGUUCAGGUGGAGAAUGAGAAUCACUGCGAUUUCGUCAAACUGCGUGAAAUGCUCAUCAGAGUUAACAUGGAGGACCUGCGAGAGCAGACUCACACGCGUCAUUAUGAGCUCUACCGCCGAUGCAAACUCGAGGAGAUGGGCUUUAAAGACACAGACCCUGACAGCAAGCCCUUCAGUCUGCAGGAGACGUACGAAGCAAAGAGGAACGAGUUCAUGGGUGAGCUGCAGAAGAAAGAAGAGGAAAUGAGGCAAAUGUUCGUCCAAAGAGUCAAAGAGAAGGAGGCCGAGCUCAAAGAAGCAGAGAAAGAGCUGCACGAGAAGUUCGACCGUCUGAAGAAGCUCCACCAGGACGAGAAAAAGAAACUGGAGGAGAAGAAGAAGUCCCUGGACGACGAGCUCAACAUGUUCAAACAGAAAAAGACUGCUGCAGAGCUCUUGCAGAACCAAGCCCAGCAGGCAGGGGGCUCCACCACACUCAAGAGGGACAAAGAGAGGAAAAACUGAUGUGACGCCGUGCCUGUUAGAAAAGGAAGAAGACACUUGCACUGAGAAGCUUAGGAUUCCUGUAGAAAAAGUGCUCCCUUGUGGCCAUCCUGCUGUGAAUGAGUUUCCACCCCAUCAUCCUUUUUACAGUACCCCUUCCCCACCCUCACCUUCACCCAACCCCCAUAAUUCAACCCUCCACAUGCCCCUCCCUGCUCUCUGGAAGACGCUGGGCAUUGCUAUCAGUUUGACAUCACUUUUUUUUUUUUUUUUGCUGAAUGAUGCUUGUCUGUUAUAUGAUUUGUACAAGCAAUUAUUCGGCUUGUCUUUUUAUACGAAUUUACAAAAUAAUGCAUUCCAUGUUUGUUUUGUAUUCAGUGCUUAAUUGCAUGACGGAGUGAGCUUUUUUGAAUAUUAACAUACAUGACUACUGUUGUGAUGGGCAGAAAUGUGUUGAGGGUAAAGUGAAACACGCAUCAGACGGUGGGAUUUGAGGAUGUUUGUGUGGUCUGCAGUAGAUUACAGAGAAGACAGAAUUAAGACAUCUGAGGAUUGGAUUAAGUAAAUGUUGAUCCAUCUUCAGAUUAAAGAACAGCAAUCGGCUUUGUCUGUUUCAAUGUUACAAACUCUAUUCAGUAGCUGUUUCUGAAAUAUCUACUUACCUCGACAAUGUUAACAACAACGUACUUGUUAGUAAUUAGUCAUGAGCUUGGGCUCGGGGUAGGGAUAAUUAUAAUCCUUAAGAUUUCAGUCCUGGUUUAUUUUAGCAACACCCGCAGGUGCCAACUUCAAAGAACUAGCGGCAACGAAAGCUGACUGCUGCAUCACCUGUGUCUCGGCCAAAAUAUUCCACAUAAACACGACGCAAAGACGACCAGCCUGAACGUUCUGCACUUGCGUGAGAGGAAAUAACUCUUUAUACCAGCAGAUGGAAAAAAGGGAAGGGAAACUGGAAGGCCAUCUCGAUGCUAGUUAGCCAGUUAGCACAUUAACAACACAAUCCAGUGUUGAAAGAACUGAGUAUAUUUACUGUACGCCAGUGAACAAUAACACAAACCUUCAUGAAACGUGUCUGCUAAAAAGCUCAAUGGCUAAAGUAAACUAAAUAUAACACGUUUGGUUUGGUUUGACUCCCUCUUGACUUUAGCUGUUUGUUUUGUUCCUCACUUCCGUUUCUCUUCUCGUGCACUGAGCUGAACUGCCAAUCAGAGUGAUUUCAUUCGCCGACGGACUCUGCUGUCUAUGACGCCGGUUCAACAUGCUGAAUCGGCUAAAACAAAGCCAAGGGGGGCUGAUGAAGGGGCAAUGGUGUGGGACGUACCGCAAAAACUAGGGCAAAAGACGCUCACUGACGGACCAACAACGACUGACGGCUAACUAUCGGCUUGGUGUGUCAGGGCCUUGCUUAGCAGCUGCUUUGUCAGAAAUACAACAGACUAGCAACUGGUGUAUGUUUACAGCCAAGACAAAAGAAACUCACACUGUCAGCCAAACACUUUUUUAGUAGUGUGAUGAGUAUACACACGGUGCGAGUUACUCAGUUUACCUUAAUUUGUCAAACGGUGCUAAUAAAUGACAGUGGUCUUCUUUUGUAUACACAUUUUUGAUCAGCGGUCUUUGUUAGCGCUAAUCGUAGUGACGAGUACAUUGCAUUUCCUGUGACUGCAUCACAAUAAAAGCACCAUGUGUUUCGCCAGUUGAAUGCUUUUAUUGUGUAGCAGUAGGAAAAGAAGAAGUACCAGUAAUUUAAUACAGAUUUAUAACCGUUGUGUACACACACAACAAGGCCUGAAAGAGGCGUACGCCACCUACCACGCAAAGUUGUGAUCUAUAAAAAAAACCACCUUGAUGUGUGCACCUGUAUGGAAACUCUGGCGCCUUUUUCCGCUUUUGUCCACACAUUCAAUUUUAGUAGUGUUUUAUAAACGAGAACCCUGAUCCGGCUGUGUGAGAGGGAACAGUAAACAGUGAGUCUGAUAUUGUUGAUUUUUAGUGACAGUAACACUGGAUAACACGCAUCUUUUCCCCAUAAUCCCUUGUCCAUCUAAGGGCAAAAUGAAUCCACCUCAGGAAUGGCGGACCCCACCACCAACAAUGUAGACUAUUAUUACAGAAUGUAGAUGCAUUCAGUGACUAUUUCAGGAAAAAAUGCAGACCAUAAAUAAGAUCAAAAAGGAGAUUUUAUUUUUUAAUGAAAAUCUGAAAUACAGCUUUAAAGGUCCUACUGGUUAUCACCUCUGCCGUGUAUGUACCAGACUUCCAAAACAGUAUGAAUUUAUUUAAUCUGUUUAGUAUUUUUGUCCCUCUGCUGAUGCUGUUUCACUUUAUCCAGAUGCAUGAGUAGUUGUGAGCCUAAUCUCUUUGCCACUUCUCCCAUACCUCGUUCAUUGUCAUGUGUCAUGUGCAUACCUGUAUUAGCUUUCACAUUUGCACUUUUUUUUUAUACACAAAUGUGAUGUUUUUUAAGUAUAUAUAUAUAUGUAUUAAUGUUGUCAGUGCAAUUGUAACUUUCUUUUUUAUUUUACUUAUUAUGAAGGCACAUUUGAAAGUCAAUCACCAUCAUGUCCGUUGUCCUGCAGGGACCGGUGUUGUUUUGUAUCAAUGUUAAACAUAAAAGAAUUAUUAUCUCAAAAGAAAAUAAAGGCCAAUUUUUCACCAAAUAUUACAA